UCCAGUUAGUUUCGAUCCGAAUAUGAAGAUCUGCAGUUCCAUCCUGUGGUACGCAACCGGACUGCUGCUUUUAUCUGCCCUCAAUGAGGUCCGUGCCCAGAAGAAGCCGAAGUACUGUAGCCGGGCAAAGCCUCCGAGCAAAACAAAGUCGGACUACUGCGCUCUGCCCUCUUGUGGAGGCGCAGAGCACAUUGGCUGCAACAGCAAUAAGCAAUUUAUAGAGGGCUGCGUUGGGAGCAUGUUCAACGUAUCGCAGAAUAUGCGAAACUUUAUUGUGAAGCAGCACAACAUCUACCGCAACAUCGUGGCCAGGGGCAAGCUCCACGGCCUGCCCCCAUCCGGCCGCAUGCUCAAGAUGCAGUGGCACGAAGAACUGGCCGAGGUGGCCCGAUUCGCUACCUAUCGCUGUUCCAUUGGCCCGGUCCACAAAUGCCAUACCACACUGGAGUAUGCAGGGACCGGCUAUAAUAUGGCCUACAACAAGUUUCCCAGCGCCCAGGACCCCACCAAGAUUGUCCGGGCCCAGCUGAAAGCCUGGUACAUGGCAUGAUAUCGGGCACAUCACCCAGCGGCCAGGAGAUAGGACACUUCCUGCAGCUUGUUUCGGCCCUGGCCGAUCGCGUUGGGUGUGCCAUUUUCAGUGCAAAGCACUUCAGCUACA